AACGAAAUUCAAGUGAAAGCAAAAUUAAGGAAAAAAUGCUCUGUCAAAAGGCAGGCGGCAAAGCAGAAAAACGACGUCCGACGUCGACCAGCAAAAGCGGCACCAAAGUAGAUAAAACAAAGCACCGAAGGUCUGCCGAUCAAUCCCCGCCCGCACUCUAAAAGCAGACAAACAAGCAGAGCAAAUAAGACGCGGAAAAAGUGGACCAACACACGCAUCUUUUCCCGGCCGUUGGCAAUUUUGGAAAAGUUGUAGAACACGCUCGGUCCGUGGCAUUCCUUUAGUUUACUCAGUGUGUGUUAUGAAACGCGUCGCGCCGCUACGUGCGUGAGUGAUUGCAGGUGCAACUGCGAAAGUGCUGGAACCAUCAAACUAUAAUAGCAUCAUCAAACAUUAACCAAAAAAAUAACUCGAACAGACUUGUUCUGCAGCAGCCUCCGGAGUGUGCUCUUCCCCCAGGAGAGAGAUGCAUAGAUUGAUCUCGAAAAUACACACACACAUCAUCUGCCUGCAGUUGUUUUAGUUUGCCUCUCACACACACACGCACGCAAUCUACAAACAAAAACCACAUUAUAUCCCCCCGAUCCACUCUACCCACUCAUGCUUACGCCGGAAAAUGGGAAACUUACGCCGUAUAACUAACACUUUGCAGUUCCGUCAACUAACAAGAAGCCGAAAAACUAAAGGCACAGCUCCUUCAGUCGAAAUUUCUCAUUACGGCGACCUGCUGCUGCGACACAUAAUCAGUGAUAGAAGCAUACCGAAUUGCAACCGGAGGAGUGCCUAUGCCGGCUUAGGCAGGAUGCAGGGCACGUCACCCGAAGAUGCUGGCCCGGCGGCCCCCUUCAAGGCGUUCGCCCGGGAGUAUUGCGACCUGCCCUACCAAUGCGACAUGAGCGACUCGGCUCCGAACACGCCCGGCCCCAGCUCGGCCCUGCCGAAGAAGUAUUACCGCCAUGCGGCCCAUAGAGUAUUCGUGAACAGAUCCCUUCAUCUGGAGAACAUCAAGUACUAUGGCUUUGACAUGGACUACACACUGGCAGAGUACAAGUCUCCGCAGUACGAGCAGCUGGGCUUUAAUCUGGUCAAAGAGCGCCUCGUGUCGAUGGGGUAUCCCAAGGAGAUCCUGCAAUUUGAGUACGAUCCCACGUUCCCUGUGCGCGGUCUCUGGUUUGACACGCUCUAUGGCAAUCUGCUGAAGGUUGAUGCCUACGGCAAUAUCUUGGUCUGUGUGCAUGGCUUUGAAUUCAUAAAGCACCACCAGGUAUACGAGCUGUAUCCCAAUAAGUUUCUCAAACUGGACGAGUCGCGUGUCUAUGUCCUGAACACACUCUUCAAUCUGCCGGAGACCUAUCUGCUCGCCUGUCUCACGGACUUUUUUAACAACAGCAACGAAUUUGUGCGCGUGGAACGCGGCAUCAAAGCUGGCGAUUUCCUUUUCACGUACAAGUCCAUUUUCCAGGACGUGCGUCGUGCCGUCGACUGGGUGCAUUCCGAUGGUGACCUCAAGCGUCGAACCACUCAGAACAUGGCUCACUAUGUGAAGAAAGACGAAAGGUUGCCAACGGUUCUCUCACGCAUUCGGGAGUCCGGAGCAAAGCUCUUUAUGCUCACGAACAGCGAUUACACUUACACCAACGAGAUCAUGUCGUACCUGUUCGACUUCCCCCACGGGGCCACUCCGGAGGAACCGCACAGGGACUGGAAGAGCUACUUCGAUGUGAUCGUGGUAGAUGCACGGAAGCCGCUCUUCUUCGACGAGGGCACCGUGCUGCGUCAGGUGGACACGAAGACGGGCGGACUAAAGAUCGGCACACACAUUGGGCCUCUACAACCAGGGCAGGUGUACUCAGGCGGAUCAUGCGAGCUGUUUACCAAGUUCAUUAACGCCAAGGGCAAGGAUGUGCUCUACGUAGGCGACCACAUCUUCGGGGACAUCCUCAAGUCGAAGAAGAUCCGGGGCUGGCGCACCUUCCUCAUCGUGCCGGAGCUAGUGCGGGAGCUUCACGUGUGGACGGACGAGUGCCAGCUGUUCGCGGAACUACAGAACCUCGACAUCAAGCUUGGCGACCUCUACCGCGACCUCGACUCGAGUGCCAAGGAAAAGCCGGACAUCUCUCAGCUGCGGACGUGCAUACGGGACGUGACCCAUAAGAUGGACAUGUCUUACGGAAUGAUGGGUUCGCUCUUCCGCUCCGGCUCCCGCCAGACCUUCUUUUCCAGUCAGGUGGUGCGGUACGCCGACGUAUACGCCGCCACCCUGCUCAACCUCAUCUAUUACCCGUUCUCGUACAUGUUCCGCGCUCCCGCCAUGCUGCUGCCGCACGAGUCGACGGUGGCCCACGACCAGGCCCACCAGCCGCCGCCCUCGGCUCCAUCCAUCGAGGAGGCACCGCGCUGCACCUCCGGCAAUGACAUGAAGGACGCCAUCAAGGAUCAAGUCGCCAAGGAUGCCAAGGAUCUGCAUCGUGCUAGCUCCAUUGUCCACACACGCCCCUCGACGCCCACUGUGGUGACCCACACCCACGACGAGGACUACUCCGAAGAAGAGGAGAUCCCCAGCGGCGGCGAAUCAUCGUCCACGGACCAGCAGCAGCAGCUACGCGCCGUCUCCGAUGAAUAGGAUGAGGUCUUUUCUUCUUCUAAACUCAACUGCAAUUUGUAGAUCAACGAAUUUUCUUCUCAAAAGUUCUCCAUAAAACACAUAAUAUCCCCAAACCCAUCCCCUAAUCCAAAACUUAGGCAGAAGCAAUUUUUGAAAAACGUACGAUUUUCCCCGGCGAUUUUAACGCGAGCACAGAUAUGUGAAACUAUAUACCAUAUAGAUAUGAUAUAUAUAUUAUAUACAUUAUAAAGUAGCUGGUUCCAUUAAUACAUAAAA